AAUUAAACACAAUCAAUAUACAACAUGUUACUAAUAAUGGUCUCUUGCAAAAUGAGUGUACACGGCUCAUUAGAGAAAGUAAUCAAGUAACUUCAAGAUGUGAUAGGUUACAUCAAGAUAAUAGGAGAAAGGACAUGCAGAUUGUUGGUCUUGACAAAGAAAAUGUUCAGUUGAGUGUAGAAGUAGCUGAAAAAGACACUACCAUUGUACAUCUGACAUCACAGAAUGAAAAACAAGGCACAACCAUUGAACAUCUGACAUCACAGAAUGAAAAACAAGACACAACCAUUGAACAUCUGACAUCACAGAAUGAACAUCUGACAUCACAGAAUGAACAUCUGACAUCACAGAAUGAACAUCUGACAUCACAGAAUGACCAAAAAGAUAGAGAAAAUGUUGAACUCAUUGUGCAAAACAAGGAAAAAGAUGUAAGAAUAAAAGACAUGAAGUGCAUGAAUAAAAAAAUGCAUAUUGAUCUCCAAGAAAAACAAGAAUUGUGUGAAGUAAAAGAAAGGCAGCUCAAAAAACAAUGUCUAGUCAUUGAUGAGUUACAUGUGGAAAUGAGUGCUACGAAUGAAAGACUUGGAAAUCUAGAAAAAGGUCUUGAAAACAAAAAUAAACAUAUCAGUGAACAAGAUAAAAUGAUCAGUGAUUUAAAUGAUAAAGUACAAUCUCAGGACAAAGUAAACCAAGAUCUGUUUCAACAGUUACAGGAGUUAAAAAAUAUGUUACUUACUGUUAACCAGAGACAAGAGGCAGCAGAAUCAAGCAAGAAAACCUCAUCAUCUUGAAGUCACCCAGUGUACAGACAUUUAAUAUCAUAAAUUUAUUUUGUGUUUUGCUUUAUUUGUUUAUAUUAAUACACAGUAAAAAUGUACUCAGCAAAAAAUGUUGUACAUUUUUCAUUAUUUUAAAACAAAUACAUUUGUAAUUUGUUAUAAGAAUAUCUGCUGGGCAGAUUUUAUGUUAACCUUUAAAGUUUUUGUUAUUGUAUGUUGUUAAGAUUGUUA